AUGACUGAAAAAUUUUGGAUGGGGAAGGAUCCUAACAAGAGAAAGCCCAAUGGGCCCCCACGUCGCUCUCGCCGCCAGGGAUCACGCGAACGAGAGAGGGUCCCUUCCACCAGGAUUUGUUUCACCGAAAGCCGAAACGAGCGGAGGAGCGAGGCGCACUCACAUGGCACGAGAGUAACGGGCGACGCCGCGGGAAGCAGCGCCGCCGCCGAGCGUGGGAGCGGCGCGGAGCAGGGUAGCGGGGCCGCCGCGCCGGCGCCGGCGCCGGUUCCGACGUGGCAGCGGGUGCGGAGGGCCGGGCAGGGGGCGGUGGCGCACGCGCUGCUGCUCUGCUUCACCGCGCUCCUCGCGCUCAAGCUCGACGGCGUCGUCUCACUGUCCUGGUGGGUGCUUUUCAUCCCUCUAUGGUUGUUCCAUGCUGUUGCUGCUCGAUGUCGAUUCUCGUUACCUGCUCCAUCAUCACCUGAAAGUUGUCAACAGGUGCCAUGCCAUUCCAUUGUCGCGACACCUUUGCUAGUUGCUUUUGAGCUGCUUCUCUGUGUUUACCUGGAAGGCCUCAAUGGUCUUGGCGAACCGUUCAUAGAUUUAAAGCUUGUCUUCCUUCCACUCUUGACUUUAGAAAUCAUUACACUGGUGGACAAUUUCAGGAUGUGUGGUGCUCUAAUGCCUGGACAUGGAGAAACUAUAACUGAAGAAGCAAUUUGGGAGAGGCUUCCUUAUUUCUGGGUAGCUAUUUCCAUGGUGUUUCUACUAGCGGCUACUUCACUCAUGCUUCUGAAGUUAUGUGGUGGUGCAGUUACUCUGGGAUGGUGGGAUUUAUUCAUUAAUUUUGGGAUUUCCCAGUGCUUUGCUUUUCUGGUAUGCACAAGAUGGUCAAAUCCAAUGGACAUUGGUGGCCCUGUAUUGAUAAUUCCUAUAAUAGUUUUCCAAGUUCUUCUUUGUAUGCACUUAGAGGGAACUCCAUCUAAUGCUCAUUUUAUCCCAAUGCGAGCUAUUUUUCUGCCCAUAAUUUUGCUACAAGUGUCUGCUUUAUCUUUUGCUGUUUGGAGAUUCUUUGACAGGCUUCUUACUAAACUUCAAGAUGGAAUUAUCAGUCAAGGACAUAUUUCUGUGUCCUUAAGAGUUGAUGAGCUGUUUAUGAUGAUACAAUAUGGUUCAAGGCUCCUCCACUGGUGGUCUAUUGAUGAAGAUAGCAAAGAGGAACAGGCUCACUUAUGUUAUGCAAAUAAUACUGGCUAUAGUACCUUUUGCAGUUAUCCACCAGAGGUGGUAAAAGAGAUGCCAAAGAAAGUUCUUGUCAAAGAGGUACAGAGACUUCAACUAGCCUUGGAAGAGCAAACUGAAAUGGCAAAUCAUAGCCAACAGCUGUGUGAUAGGCUAAAAAAUGAACGGAUCUUGUGCCGAAUUUGCUUUGAAAGAGAUAUCUGCAUUGUUCUGCUUCCCUGCCGCCAUCAUGUUCUCUGCGAGCCUUGCUCUAACAAGUGCCAGUCAUGUCCAAUUUGCCGAUUGACCAUUGAGAGCAGGUUAUCUGUUUAUGAUGCAGUGCUGUCAGCCAAUCCAUUAUGUGAUGCAGUUUAGUAUUUCCCAUGUCGGCAGCAGUUCUAGGGUACCGACUUCUGGUGUCGGCAAAGAUGGCCCACAAGAUUCCUAGCUAGUGGAGGAAGACAAGUAGUGAAAUUCUUGGUACGAAGUUUGGAAGAAAGUGAGGAUAGUCUCCUAUUGUCAGAUUGGAGUACAAGAAAAAUAAAAAACCACACUGUACAUUCUUCUGCAGUGAUAUGACACAAAGGAAACAGGGAAGUAUAUGAGGUCUUUACUUCUUGGAUUCUUGCUCACAUAUAGUAUAGCCAUCUUUGAUUAGUUCCCCAGAAUUUAAAGAUGGACAGAGGAACCAAGAAAACAUGUGCAUACUGGAACUUCAGGUUGUUAUUGGAUGGUCUUUGGCAUUCAGGGAAGAAGCAAAUUUCAGUCUGUUCUGCUUUGACGAGUUUAUUAAGGCACACAUUCACACAACAAUGGUGCCAUCUUUUCCCAAUGGAGUUUUGACAUGCAAAAAGCUUACAUCCAUAUGUACAGGUGCGACAAUAAUGUCUCUGUCAAUUUUAUCUCCAAGGUAUAAGAGCAUUGAGCUUUCUACUGGUCAUGUCAAAUAAUGAGAGCGUGAGAAUCUAUUGUCUGCGCUUGUCGACGUCAUGCGACUUUCUCCACCAUACCAGAACAUCACUUUUGCAGUACGAGAAUUUGCUCUCAAGUCAACAAUUGUGGGCAGCCACAACCUCACACCUCUUUUGUCAUAUUGCUAUGAUUUCGCAUGUCUUGUGGCCUUCGAUCCUCCGGUACCCUUUGGAGAUUUCCGCCUAGCGUUGGAAGGACAUCCAAGAUUUGUGUGCUGGCGCCUGUAUUUGCCCGGAAGUUGCUAGGUGCAUGCUCCGCAUGAUCUGCAAGGACUGGUCAUUCCAUUUUUGUCAUCCUUAUCCUUGUUGCCUUCAUGUGUAGGUCACCUUUGUUGCUGUAGUCCUGCUUUUGCUACCUCUGUGUGAUGGAUGAUACGUGUCCAGAAUGUGAUGGCAAGAUAGUAGCAAUGCUGACAAGCACAUGUUUGUUUGAUUAGCGUAGAAUGGGAAAACAAUACUGCAUACAUCUGAUGAAUCAAGGGUUUCUCGGCUAUUUUUCAGGAAAUCAUGAACCGGUUGUUGCUAGUAAACUUAUAGCCGAAUAUUUUCAAGGCUUUCCUUUUAUUUUGAGCCGACUAUUCAAACUAGGAUGCCGGUUGCGAGAGAACGUUUCAGCGCUUUAAUGUUAUUGUUCUGUAUUCGGAUUUCGAGACUAAAUAAACAGAGGAACAAGAACAGCCAGCCCUUUUAUUC